AUGUUAACCGGCAUGGAAUUCUGGAAAGACUUCCCCAUCACCAACAACAACGACAGCAACACCUUGCCAUUAUUACCCAUCACCAGCCCAGAAACAUGGCUCCGUCUAAUGAACCACUCCACCGCCAAGCUCGGGCUCUCCUACUUCCCACCAAACCUCCUCGCCGUCCCUCACAACUUCUCCUCAUUUGACACCAUCCCAACCAACAGCCUGGUCAUCACCCUCCCCGACCUAGACUCCUCCCGCUUAGAAAACAACCCUCAGCAAUUAGACCAACUAAUCUACGGUCUCAUCUGCACGUUAGCCGGCAUCUGGGUGGCAGCCUGGGCAGCAUGGACAUGGUACCACAACGGCACUCUUCUCAUCCCACGAGUAUCACCACCAGGCUCAAAAGACGUAAACAAUGACGUCGAACUCGGCGCCCACACCGCAGCAGUGGAUUUCGUCUCCCCUGAAACAUUCCACGCUGGGUUUCUAAAGUAUUAUUAUGAUGUCGGCGGGGAUGAGCACCAAUUGGCGGACAAUAUCUUCAGCCACUCCGCUGACUCUCACAAUAAGCGGGAGAAGCCAGUCACGGGGGAGGAUGUGGAGGAGUUGACAAAGUUGGUGCAAAAGAUGUACGAGAUUGAUGUUGAACUGUUUGGGUUGCAAGAUGCGAGGUAUAUCACCGAGGAUAAAAAGGAUAAACUGAGGAGGAAGAGGGAGGCGAUGCUAGUGGAGGCGGCGAGGGUGGUGGAAUCUUGGGCGGAUAGGCGGUGGUUGCACAUCAACAAGUGGGAGGAAGGGGAGUAUGACACUGUCUUGGAGAUUCUGGACGUGCUGAGGGAGUAUGUCGAGGCGGAGAGGCAGAAGAGGGUGUAUGUCUAUUAA